AUGCUGAGUAUUGGUGGCUCUUCUCCUUUCAUGGAGUUUGCUCCAACAAAUGCCAAAGCAUUCUCGAAUAAAAAGACGGUGCGCAACCAUCGCCUUGAACGGUUCUUGAUGGGAACAAUGAGGUCGCCGCCUGAAACUGUGGUAUGUGAUGAUGAAACUGCCUUAGUGGUGUGGAGCACGGUGCUCCAGUUCUUUGGAAACAUGUCCACGACUGCAGUUAUCAGCCUGCACUACAAGCUGCAAUCUCUCAAGAAGGGUGAUGACUCCAUGAGAGUUUACCUCACACAUCUAGCUAGGUUUGGUGAUCAGCCUGAGGUACUGCCAAUUAGUGCAAAUGUUGCUCAAAGAACUGGUUGUCAACUCUACGGGAAGAAUGGCCAUCUUGUAGACAACUGCUGGCACCGCUUUGAUCAAGACUUUCCUGGGGUUACAUCUAGCAGUAAAGCAUACUCCAAGGAUCAGACUGGAAAUGCAUAUUAUUCUGUGUGUGAAACUAAAGUGACUGAGUGUGAGUGUUGUAAUGCUCAAAAUAGUGGGUCUCAGGUUGAUUCGCGUCCUCAAGCUCUUGUCUCCACAGCAGCUCAUGAACGGUGGGUGGUAGAUUCGGGUGCCAUAUAUAAUGUCACACCCGAUGAAGGAGUUUUCAGUCAUAAAGAUGACUAUAACAGGCCAUGUAAGCUGGUAGUUGGUAAUGGAGUGGCUUUAGACGUUAAGGCUGUUGGCAACACUACCUUGUGCUCUUCCUCUCGAGCUUUGUUAUUAAGUGAUUUGUUACAUGUACCAAAAAUAACAAAUAAUCUUCUAUCUGUCUCAAAGCUUGCUAGGGACAAUAAUACCUUCUUUGAGUUCCAUGCUCAUGAAUGUUGCGUUCGUGAUGAAGACACUGGCAUAGUGUUGCUUCGUGGGAAAGAAGAAAAUGGUUUGUAUUCUUUUACUGUAGAUCCUCAAGUUACUGCUCUAGUAGCUGAAGCAAGUCCCUUACCUGCAUCCCGCGACCUCUAUGAGUUGUGGCAUUGA